UCGUCAGCACACUACCAAUUUCUCGUCUUCCACCGUGUAGACACCUUCGAGCCCAUCCACUUUCAAUUGUAUAAGUCGCGAUUAUCAUCGUCGCAUACAUCCGAUCCUCUCCGUUACCGUCACCAUGAACAAAAAUUGGAAUGAUAGGGCCGACAAGGACCUUUUCUUCACUAUCCUCUCCGUCAAGAACAUUGGCGUCAUCAGCGGCUCGGAAUGGACCACCAUCGGCAACCACAUGCGCACCCUGGGUUAUGGCUUUACCAACGAGGGUUGUAGGCAACACUUCCAAGGUCUUCGUCGCGCUCAGCACAAGGCCGAGACCAGUGGGAGCCCGGACAGCUCUCGGAAGGUUGAUCCUACCUUGAACCCGAUUACUCGACGUCCUGGUCCAGGUCGUGGAAGGCCCAAAAAGCAGCCCCAGCAACCUGCGCCGAUGUCGAUUCCUGCUCUUCCUGGUCAAACUAGCCAACUGGGCCAACCUGGUCAACCCGGUCAGUCGGGUCAGUUUGGGCCUGCCCAAGAAUUUCACGACAGUCAACUCUCUCUUCCAGAACAGGCCGAUGAUCAGCCCGAACACCAGCCAGAACACCAGCCCGAACAACAAGCCGAUCACAAACAGGACAGCCAACAAGACCAUCAGCCCGAGCAUCAGCCCGAGCAUCAGCCCGAGCAUCAGCCCGAGCAUCAGCCCGAGCAUCAGCCCGAACGCCAGCUCGACCAUCAGCUUGAUCACCAGCCCGGCCACCAGCACGAUCAUGAGCAGUCAAUACAAGAAGACCAGUCCCAUGAACAGCCACCCGCAAUGCCCGAUGGCCUUGAUGCGUUGCCAGAAUCCUUGGAUCUCCCUCUUAAGGAGGACUCACUCGACUUGUCCCUCAAGGAAGACAACGAUGACGAGCAGGAUGGCCACGAUGCUAAGAGAAUAAAGCUCGACAACCCCCCUCAGGACCCGUCUCUUGUUGAUGACGAAGCUGUCUUAGCUCUGGCCGCCCACAGCGAUGCCCCUUCCGUUGACGGCUACGCUUCCGAGUAUCCAACAGCUGGUCUUACUGGGUCAGACUCGCACAGCUUUAGCUAUGGUGGCGAGGUGUAGGAGAAAGAUAUGGCCCCAUUGGCAGCUGCUAGUAUGGUCGAGGGCCCAUUCAGCGGCAAUUCAAGUCAAGACUUGCCACCAGAUCCACAAGGCCAGGCAAAUUGACAUUCCUGCCCCGUAUCAGUUUUGUCAGAUCAAGGCGUUUUGCAUCAAAGCGGUAGCGGCAUCAGAAGCGAGGUUAUGAACACGAUUAGGUGCUUGGAGUUCGGUUCGAUUGACUAUUUCCUUUUUCUCUCAUAUUCCAGUGUAUAAAGAACUUGUCUCAGGCUGGCAUUGAACGUUUGUCUCCGUCGAGAUUACAGUCUCUGACUGGAGAAGAAAUACACAAGAGUCUGCUAGCCAC